CAUUACGUAGGGAGGCGUGUGUGUGUGACAUUUGCUGCAAGCAGCUAGUUUCUGAAGAGCUAGCUGCUCCUGGGAUAAAAGAUGAACAACUGAGGGAGGAAAUAGAAACUAUUCUACCUUUUAACAACUCAACUAUUGUUUAGGUUGAACUUUAUCAUCUUAUCCAGGUUAGAAAAGACAAGUUUAUAGUAACUAUAGCUGAAGGUAAAACUUCCUGUUGUGGCUGAAGCUGUUAAAUAACAGAUAGUAGGCUAACUAAAGGUUUCUCUCUUUAACUUCUACUACUAAUGCUCAGGUUGAUGUUGUGUUUGCUGCUCUGAGAUGUCUUUAAUAAGCAGAUAACUUUGUUUGGUUUCUAUAUUUCAGUAUGGCUGGAUGGUAGUGUGCUUUAAGCUGCCUUUCUGCACACACAAGGUUAACAUUAGCUUUAGCUUUAGCUCUCCUCUCUGCUCUUUCACUUCCAUUCUUUCUUAUGCUGACUUGUCAGGACAGGUGUGCUGAAAGUAGGCCAGGUGAGCUGUGGGAUAGAUAGUGUCUGCUGCAAUCUACAGAAUCAUACAGUCCACUUCUUUGUUACUUUAGUGGAGCUCAGAGAGGUUGAGGUUUGUGGAGAGACCAUGCUGCUCUCCUUGGUGGUGCACACAUACUCUCUGCGGUACUGGUUUCCAGCCACCAUCAUGCUGGGGACAGCUCCAGCUUACCUGCUGUCAUGGGGGGUUUGGAGGUUGUUUUCUACUGUCCUACCUGCCAGAGUGUAUCACAGACUGGACGACAGGUUGUACUCCAUAUACCAGAGUAUGGUCCUGUUCUUCUUUGAGAACUACACAGGAGUUGAGAUUAUUAUAUAUGGAGAUAUACCAAAGAACAAAGAGAAUGUCAUCUACCUGUCUAAUCACCAAUGUACAGCCGACUGGAUCAUCGCUGACAUGCUCGCCAUCAGGCAGAGUGCUCUCGGCCAUGUCCGAUACGUCCUUAAAGAUGGGCUCAAGUGGCUCCCGCUGUACGGAUGGUAUUUCUCUCAGCAUGGAGGAGCCUACGUGAAACGCAGUGCAAACUUCGAUGAACCGGCGAUGAAGAAGAAGCUAAUCACUCAGACUCUAUCUGGAGCACCAAUGUACCUUGUCAUCUUCCCAGAAGGAACUCGGUAUAAUCCAGAGCUCAAGAAUGUUAUCGCCGACAGUCAGGCUUUUGCUACGAAAGAAGGACUGGCUAUCCUGAAGCACACGCUGACACCUCGAAUGAAGGCCUCUCACGUAGCCCUCGAGGCCAUGCAGGACCACCUGGACGCCGUGUAUGACGUCACAGUGGCCUACGAGGGAACGCUGGACGCCUCCGGUCGGAGAAAACCUGCACCAUCAAUGCCAGAAUUCCUGUGCAAGGAAUGUCCCCGAGUCCACAUACACUUUGACCGCGUGGACAUAAAGGAAAUUCCUACGGAGACGCUGUUUUUCCGCAGGUGGCUGCACGAGCGGUUUGAAAUCAAGGACCGGCUGCUGACGGAUUUCUACGAGUCGAAGGAUGCAGACAAAAUAUGCAGGUUCCCCGGGGAAGGCAAGCACUCCCCUCUGAACCUUUCUAAAACCCUCCCGUCAGUGAUGAUCUUGGGGGCACUGACAAUGCCGCUGCUGCUGACGGAUAACGGCAGGAAACUGUACGUGAGAACCUGGGUGUUCGGGACGCUGCUGGGCUGGCUGUGGGUGAACACUUUUCCUUAACGAAACAGGGCAGAGGCUGCCACGAUGAGACGCACAAAAGACAUGGAGGUUUUCCUGUUUCCGCAACAACACAAAGGUGUGUUCCAGAUGCAGAGCAGUAUCUGAUAAAGAGGCUCAGAGAUUUACCCCACAUGUCUGGCUCACUGUUGACCUUGAGCUGAAAGCUGAACGGAGAUACGGAGAAAUGUUAAGCUUUUUGUGCUACUUGUUUCCUCGCGUUAUUUGGAUUUGCAGCCUGAAAUGAUGAGAAAACCUGAGUGGUGAAAAGUAUUUUCUCAAAAAUACCCCUUAUCUACUAUAAAAUUAAAAAAAAUAGCUAUAUACUUCUCUUAAAAUAAUCCCCCCCCUUCAUCAGAUUUAGCCAAAUUAGUAUUCAUGCAUGCUCACCUUCCCAUCAAACAUUGGCCAGUUUAAAAGCUCUUGUAUGCCGCAUAUUUGUGAGAACAAAGUGUGCGUUUAAUGAUCAUGCUCAGCUACUGUAUGUAGCUGACACAGUACACCAGACUUCUGAUGAUGGAUCAUUAAUUAUUGAAGUGCACUGACUCAUUGACAUUGGUUGUAAUGUUAUUUAUGCCAAGUCCCAUGUCAGGAGGUUUAUGCACUUUGAUCAUUUAAACUGAUGUUUUUAUACAUUAGUAGAACAAAAUAAGUAGCAUGCAGUCCUGUAUAGGGGCUCAUAAACAUGACACCAGCUGCAUUGUUUACCAUUCAUCAUUUUGUUUUAUAUACUGAUAAUGAAUGUAGCUGUAAAACACUCUCAUUUAUGCAUAUACAGUAUGAAAGAGUAAAUGUUUUUUUAGUUUCCCGACACCCAAGAUUUUGAUUUGACAAAUGUUUAUCCUUAAAAAAAUCCAAUCUAUUGUACAUUUUUGAGUCUCAUUUUUGAAAUGAAAAAUGUUCUACCGUUAAAUUUUGCUUUAACCAUAAAAUGUCAAUCAUUGCCAAAACCUGAUGUAUUUACCGUGAUGUCCUACAUGUGUUUUAAGUUGAGCAAUACUUGUUUAAUGCCAGCCCGGAUGACAGCAAAGAAACUUUUUCUUCUUCUUUUUUGCCUAAAUACAUUAUAAUAACAUUUUUUAUAAUGGUUUCUUCACAGCUCAGCGUAACUUUUCUAUGCAUUUGUUACUUUGAAUACCAUGUUACAGCUCACACAAAAGUAUCUACCUAGCAAAAAGCUGACAAAGCCAUGUUAACAGUAUAUCGCAGGUUUCUGUGCACUCAAAGCCAUUUGUAUUAUAAAUGUCACUGUUCUGUGAAAUGCACUGUUUGUCCAUCGUUGUUGUCUACUGUAAUGAAACCAUUGCAUUUUUCCACGAGUCACUUUACAUGUUUGCCGUCUUGUCCUCGUCUAGAGUUAGUCUGAGAUUUAUGUUUUCAUUAUGGUACUGUAAAUUUCAUAGUUUUUACAUGUCGCUCCAAUACCUCACUUGAAUAAUCCUUCCUUGUUCUUAAAUGACUCUUGUCAGCCAUUUUAUAGUCAUUUUUAUCCUGACAAGAUCAGACUGUAACUCAUCAGGAAAAACUCUAUGUAGACAGUAUUUAAAAUGCCAACUGAUUUUGGAAAUGUGUGCCUUCUCUUUGGAGGAGUUGGUCCUCAGGCCUCUCACCGAGGGCCAUAGCGGCUCCUUUCCACCAGGUGACUGCAUGGGAGCGCUCUGCUGGAGCUGCUGCUCACUGCAGCAUGCGGUCACAUUGUCUACGGUUCAUAGUGGCUUAUUUUGCUCGAAGAAUGCAUUGAUUUACACUUUUAUUAGGACUAUUAUGAAAUGAUGAAACCUUUAAUGUAUAUAAGUUCUGGAAAUGGGGGGUGAGAUUGAAAUAAAGUGGUUUUCUUUGGGAAGAA